ACGGGGCAGAUUUUUUUAAGUAUAUGGUGAAGUUAUGUUUGGCAACGUGGGACAGCCUCCGAAAAAAAAAAAAAAAAAAAAAAAAGUGGGGCGGGUAAUGAAAUUUCAUACAAUGACAUCACUUUUCCUCCAACCCAAACACUUAAACGGCGAGGCAGAGGAGGAGAGCGGCCGCUGCGGGGGGAGCAGGACACCGCCGCAAAAAUGAGCACAAGGUAGAGAUUUUAAAGAAAAGAAGAAAAAAUAGUAUAUUUUUAUCUUUACCGGACAUGGCAACACAGCGGCAGUUUCCAUCCAAAUGAGAUGAUCUUCAAGGUUUAGUUCCACACUUCUGGCUAACCACAACACCACGCAAGUUCUCCACCUGCUGAGGCUACAAAGCAGAGCAUUGGCUCCGUGGUUUUGUUGUUGGGAGACAGAGGUGCCUGACGGGAGACUGACUCCUCUUCAAGGAUCAUUACAAGAGCUGACCCCGCAGAUGAAAACAAUGUCUGAUGAGACAGAACAGAAAAUGUGCGACGAGGAUUUCGGUUCGGACGAGGAGGGCGAGGAGGGAGACGUGGAGUCUUACCUGGAGGACAACAGCAGCGAGCUCAUGGACCGACUGAGAGAGCUGGAGGCAGAGAAUUCAGCUCUCGUGCUGGCCAAUGAGAGUCAGAGAGAAGCUUACGAGAGAUGCUUGGAUGAGGUUGCCAACCAUGUGGUCCAAGCUCUGCUGAAUCAAAAGGAUCUGAGGGAGGAGUGCAUCAAGCUGAAAAUGUUGGUGUUUGACCUGGAGAGACAGAACCGAGCGCUGUGUGAGCUUUUUCAGCAGAAACUACCCAACCACCCCACCGCUCACUACCAGGUUCAGGCGGGACCGCUCCCAGACUACAAUGCACAGCUGCACAAUGACUCGGCCAAACAGGUGGAGCCGGCACAGACUGAAGCACAAGCCAAGGGAAACGGCUACCGCACACAACAUGCCUCGCCGGGCCCUCGAGGCCCCGCCGCCAACAUGGAGGCCCUGUCUCCCUUCUUCAAGAAGAAAGCACACAUCCUGGAGGUCCUCCGCAAGAUGGAGGAGACGGACCCCCUGAAGUUCCACCCAUCCACGACGAGCUUGUCUUUCUGCGACUACAGCCAGGUGCUCAUGUCCACAGAGGCUGUUUUGGCUUCUGCGGACCCCCUCCCGCUGCAGUGCAAAUCCCACCACACACACUGCCACUGCUCCUGCUCGGACACAGACACACACCAGCAUGUGAAUGGUGACGGAGCAGUGAAGUGUGAGGGAGGGAACACCUGCUGUUUACACUGCAAGAGGAGCCCAGAGAGCCCUCCAAAGCCAUGCAACCAUGUCUGUAGUCCUUCAAAAGCCACCCAGAGCCAUAUAGUUCCUGCAGCUGCUAUGAGUGAAUGUCACAGUAAGACCAGAGCGGGAGAGUCUAAACAGAGCACCAAGAAUGAAGCCAACCAGCAACCAGCGGGUGCCGCCGCCCACUCAUCCAUCGCAGAAGCAGCCAGUCAGAAUCUGGAAGGAGAGCAGGAUAACUCUGAGCUAAACGCUAGUGCCUCUGAAGAGCUCACUGGUUUCUGUGCCACCUCCCAUCUGCCUAGUUCUGCACAGGAGGCCCACUGUGACUUGGAUACAAGUGAUGGCGUUCCCAAUGGUUUGGCGCUCUCAUUUGGUGAUGAACCCUCAGCUGUCCCUGAGAAAGACGGCACAGAUCCGGAGGCUUCCUGUGUAAGAGCCAGUGCAUCCGUCAGCCCCAGUCCCUCCUGCCUCAGUGAUGUUAAAGCCGCCGCCAUCAACUCCCCAUCCAAACUGCUCAAGUUCUUAAAGAUUCCCUCGAUGGGGGAGAAAUCGCAGGCUCCCACUUCUUCUGUCCGCCUGAGCCCUCAGCUCACUCGCAACUCCAGGAUCCCCUGCCGCACCAAUAACUACGAGGUUUACCACUCGCCUGUUCCCACACGCAGAGCCACCACCACUGAGAGGUGCAGGCAGCCCCCUCCUCCACCCGCCCGGUCCGAGUCGUACCCCGCCACACACUCGGCACCAACCUCCCCUCCACAGCCCGAAGACACCUGCUCCCCACCCGCUAAGGAAAUAAGCUAUAGCAGCCUGUCUGCACCUAAACCCACUGCGGGCUCAAAGAUCGGCGCUCCCUCCUCCUCACCCAAAGUUUCUCAGAGGGUUCCUCAUUAUGAAAAUGUCUGUGACAUGUCUAUCGGCUCUAAAGAGGAGGAACCAACCCAGGGUCACGAGAAAAGAACCACUCUUCCAUCUCAAACUAAGGCAAACGCUGGUGAGAGGAAGCUCGUUAAAUCGCUACCAGAAAGCGUCCUGAAUCCCACGCCUCAGCGAAAGCAGUCGUCCUCAUCGACAUCAGAGUCUACAUCAGAUGAUGAAGAGGAUUCAGACAGCCCUGUGUGGGUUAAUCAUCACAGCCUACCCAACUCCUCUGCCCUCAGCAAAGCUCAGAGCAAAACUAACUACUCACAAACCAGAGAGAAGCAGGAUGGGCACACAAGGGAAGUGAACAUAGCGAGCUCUGAGGUCACUCAGGGUCCGCCUGCACCUCCAACCAGGAGGAGUGACUCCUCGUCCAUUCCCAAAAGGCCUACGGCUGGGGCGGCGAGAUCUCAGGCCGACUCGAGUCACCACGCUUUCAAAGACAGACUGGCUGCACUCGGCAAGCUGAGGAGCUCGGAGGAUUUACAAGGCGGCCUCAGGCCCACCGAUGCGGUGAAUGAAGGUACCUACGGAGAAGAAAGAGGCAAGACGGCAGAGAUCCACAAAGAGGAACAGAGACAUUCAAAGUUCACAGACUCUUCGGAUGGUAAGCCUAAAGGUAGCAGUGGUGGUUUGAAGUAUCCGGGGUCAUCUCAGCUCUAUGAGCAGCCAGUAAAAUCUUCUGGUCCCGCAGUGGUUAAACAAGAACUCUGUGUGACCAAGCCAGAGGGACCGAAGAGUAAAAUGGGCCUGCCGUCACCCAACACAGAUGCUCCCCAGGUACUACGCAACAACAUCAAGUGUCCUGGCUCCCUGAAUCUGGCCUAUAACGUUAAAGCCAGCAUCGCUCCUCACAGUAGCAACAGCCCCAACAAAAUCCCUCCAAAGUCACCGUCCAAACCUUGCCAAGGCCCGUCCGUCCACAGAGGGGGCAAGUCCACAGAGGCCCCGCGUUACUCGUCCAAGUCAGAGGAGAGGACCAAGAUCAGUGGGAAAGGGAAAAAGAAUCCAAUGUACGGAGACAGCCUCCCGCCUCCUCCUCCGAGACCUCCGGCGUCUGAGGUGGAGAAGCCGUCGCUGCCGGUCCCCACCCCACAAUCCGCCAUUGAGCAGAAGGUGAUGAAGGGCAUCGAGGAGAACGUGCUGAAGCUUCAGGAGCAGGACAGAGGAGGGCAGGGCGGAGAGGUCAAGCAGAAGGCCUCCAACGGCAUCGCGAGCUGGUUCGGCCUGAAGAAGAGUAAGCUCCCUGCGCUGAGCCGCAAGACCGACGGCACUAAAGCAAAGGAGGAGAAGAAGGAGUGGAAGAUAAACAUUCCCUCAGUCGGCAGAGACUCUGUGAAAAUGGCCUCCAGGUGUAAAGAAGGCGUGGAAGGUCUGAACAUCUCGACUCUGAUGGAGAAGGCUGAGGGCCUGAGGAGAGCCCUGGAGGAGGAGCGGGCCUAUGUGGAGAGAUCAGGCAGGGGUCACUCGUGUGAGGUGGUGAUGGAUCAAGCUCAGGGACAGCUGGCGGUCAUGUACAGGGGAGCGCGCUCUGACAACUUCAUGCAACAGCUGCUAAACAGAGUGGACGGAAAGGAGAUGAUCAGCGUGCCCCAGCGACGGCUGUCGUUCGACUGUAAGACGUCAAAGCCGGUGUUCACCCAGCAGAGCGACAUCAUCAGUCACACCACCAGUCACGACGACAUGGAGAAGGGAUCAGAAAGAAUCGGCAAGAUCACAUCAGAUGAAAACCUCGCAGAUUCAGUUCACUCUCAACACUUUGCAGGCUCCGGUGCUUCCACAUACACCCUGGACAGCGGCAUCGGUACGUUCCCUCUCCCCGACUGCAGCAGCGGUGCAGCUGCACGGGGCCUGUCUAAGACGAAGGGCGGAGCCGAGCACCACUCCGGCGGCGGCUCCCCAGGGAGAGCCGGACGGCGAGCUCGCACCCUGGACAGAGAGCUGACAUCACAGGAAGACUGCUACGCUCCACACAAGCAGCUGAUUCCCACCAUUCAGUAUGGGUCCGUGUUAGAGGGAAGAGGCUCAGCCGGCGUCAUCCGCGAAGACAAAGAGGCACAUGGAGGGAACAUGUUUUCGCCUCGCUCCAAGACUUGGACUUUCCCCAACCUGAAGACUCCAGCAGGACCUGCGGAGGUGUACCUGGCAGUGGAGGAGGAAGAGGAGGAGGCGGUAUCCUUUGGAUCACCAUUCAGAGGGAGCACGAAGGCCAGCGGCCCCUCCUCCAGCCGGGUGGUUGAUCCAGGCAGCCUGCCGGUCCCCGCCCAGUCGGGCAUGAGCCGCCGGGGAAAGACGCGCACACCCAGCGUCCCCGAGAUGAGCCGGGAGGCCGGGCUGGAGCUGCUCAGGGAGCGGCCGGAGGAAGCCCUAUCCCCAAGUCGCCCUCAGGUCCUGGAGACUCCCGAGUCUCUGAGCGAUUCUCUGUACGACAGUCUGUCAUCCUGCGGCAGCCAAGGAUGAAGCAGCCAAGGACGGGAGGAGAAAAGGGAGGAGGAGGAGGACGACGGGGAGGACGCGUCUCCUGGUCGAUGGCUGCGCUGAGAUGCUGCUGAGGAAAAGACGACUGCUCCCUGUCGACAUCCACGAAGAAAAAAAUGGCGACGUCUCAUCAGCUGUUGUAACUGGAAAGAUGGAUUGAUCUCCUCAGGAUUUCCAAUAAACGUGAAGCCAAAAGCCACCCAAAUCGUAUAGGUUGUUCACUUUUUCACGAUCAGACUCGACUGUGGACACUUCUCUUUAAAUCAUGUGUACAGGACAACAAAACGCAUGGCCAAGCUAAUGAGCAGCACAAAAAGUUGUCACUCCCAGUUGUCGUUCGGUGACCUCUCUUUCGUUUCUCUCAUCCUCGUAGAUGGAGCUUCGUCCCGUACGUCAGAAAAAAUCAACGAGGGGUUCAACAGAUGGCGUACUGUACUGUAUCAAUACAUCCAUUCUAUUCUUGGCAUCAUUUCACCGCAUAAUGUAUUAAAAAAUAGAAAACCCCCCACAAAAAACAUGGAGCGCCUUUAAAAAAAAUGAAUGUUCAUGUCUGUGACUCUUAAUUGCUAAACUCAUGCAUCACGAUUUUAAAUGUAUAAACGAUUUUAUUGAUCAUGUUGAUAUUGUUUUGCGGCCAAGGAAGGUUGUCAGCGUAUGUUUGUUUUGAAAUCAUAAUACAUUUAAAGGUAAUAUAUACCAGCAAUAAUAACAUAGAUAAGAGAAAUGGCUACACUAUUCAAUGAAUAUGUAUUUCUAUUAUUUAUUUAUUUUAAAUGUUCAUCAUUUGCAGUCAUCUUUUUUUGUAAUCUUUCUGUGAAAACUGCAGUUUCCUCGCUUAGUAGGUUAUCUUCAUGCUUUGUGUUUCAUCAUCUCUAUUGCCGUUUGUUCCCUAGCAAAAAUAGAGGUCCUAUGUACCUACUGCCGUUUUUCAACUUUCUAAUUAAAAUGUUUUGAUUUA